GUCGCGAGGACGCAACUAAGGUGGGCAAAAGAUUGGAAGACUGAACAAAACAAAACAACAAAUAGAAAUGCGAUAAAAGCAGGAGGAAAAAAAGAGGCGACACACAACCUAAACGUUAAUGGAAGGAUUAUAAUCCACCGUUGGAGGGAUUUUUUUGACGCUCCUCAUGCGGAGAUUUGAGCUCGGCUGAACCAUGCAGGGACUGCUGCUGCUUCUGAGUUUGGCGUUGAGUUUUCACAGAGUGCGGACAGCACGGUUCUCUCAGGAGCCUGCAGACCAGUCGGUGGUUUUGGGCCAGAGGGUGGUCCUUUCCUGCGUGGUCUUCAACUAUUCGGGCAUUGUGCAGUGGACCAAGGAUGGACUGGCCUUAGGCAUUGGAGAAGACCUCCAGGCCUGGCCAAGGUAUCGUGUGUUAAGGCUGGUGGAUGUUGGCCAGUAUAAUUUGGAGAUCUCAGCUGCUGAACUGUCAGAUGACUCUCUCUAUGAAUGCCAGGCCACUGAGGCCGCACUGCGCUCCCGACGGGCCAAACUCACCGUCCUUAUUCCUCCCGAUGACCCGAUGAUUGAGGGCUCCCCAGAGAUCCUCCUCACAGCAGGAGUCCCCUACAACAUGAGCUGUGUGUCCCGUGGAGCCAAACCCGCCUCUGUCAUAGAGUGGCAGAAAGACGGGUUGCCGAUAGAAGGGGCUGUCAGCACCACGGAAGUGCUCGCAGACAGGAAACGUGUGACCACACGAAGCUACCUGCCCAUUCUACCAAUAGAUACAGAUACAGGGAAGAACUUCACCUGUGUGGCUACUAACCUAGCAGUGCCGAUGGGCAAAUAUGCCACUAUCACCCUCAACGUGCACCACCCACCAGUAGUGACGUUAUCCAUUGAGCCUCGCUCUGUAUUGGAAGGAGAAAGAGUGACCUUCACCUGUCAAGCUACUGCCAACCCACCUAUUAUGGGUUACAAGUGGGCAAAGGGAGGUGUGGUCAUACAGGGGGCGAGAGAGAGUGUGUUCGUCACCAAGGCAGAUCACUCUUUCUUCACCGAGCCUGUGUCCUGCCAAGUGUUCAAUGCUGUGGGCAGCACAAACGUCAGUAUACUAGUUGAUGUCCACUUUGGUCCUAUCCUGGUAGUUGAGCCUAAACCAGUAACGGUAGAUGUAGACUCAGACGUCACUCUAAACUGCAAGUGGGCAGGAAAUCCUCCUCUCACACUAACCUGGACAAAAAAGGGUUCAAGCAUGGUAUUGAGUAAUAAUAACCAGCUCUAUUUGAAGUCAGUAAGUCAGUCAGAUGCUGGUCAGUAUGUUUGUAAGGCUAUCGUGCCUAGGAUCGGAGUGGGCGAAACAGAGGUCACACUCACUGUCAACGGUCCUCCUAUCAUUUCCAGUGAACCGGUCCAGUAUGCUGUUCGAGGAGAGAGAGGGGAAGUGAAGUGUUAUAUUGCCAGCACCCCUCCGCCAGACAAGAUUGUGUGGGCAUGGAAGGAGAAUGUAUGGGAAAAGGAGAAGGGAACCCUAUCAGAACGGUACACGGUAGAACAGAGCAAGCUGACGUCACAGGGUGGAGCAGUGCUGUCCACUCUCACCAUCAACAGCGUCAUAGAGUCCGACUUCCAGUCUACAUACAACUGCACUGCAUGGAAUUCAUUCGGACCUGGGACCAUGAUCAUCACACUGGAAGAGAUGGAAAUAGUGCCGGUUGGGAUCAUUGCUGGUGGCACUGUAGGCUGUUCAGUUCUUCUUCUCCUCUGUUUACUGGCGCUAGUGCUCUUCUUGUACAAACAACGCAAAGGAAGUCGUCGAGGGGUCACACUUGGCAAGCCAGAUAUCAAGGUGGAGACCAUAAACAAAGAGACCCACAGCCUGGAGGAAGACUCGGGCAGUGUCUCCACGGCAACACGCAUGGUUAAGGCCAUGUAUUCUCCUUUUAAAGAUGACAUUGACCUCAAACAGGAGCUGCGCAGUGACACGCUGGACACACGCCAGGACUAUGAGCUCAAGGAUCCAACAAAUGGCUACUACAACGUGCGAGCUUCCAACCAUGAUGAGGGCCGUCCAGCUUCCCGAUCCAUGCACUACUCAGACUAUCGCACCUCCAGCCAGCCAGGGGGAGCUGCAACAGUCAGCAGCAGCUCAGGUCAGCCUGGAGCUACUGCAGGCCCGGGAACACCGAGCAGCUUGGCUCCAGGGUCACGAGCGGGUUGCUAUGACCCUCGCCCUCCCUCUAGACUCUCACACAACAGCUACGCCCAAUUCAACACCUUCACCCGAGCUGGACAGUCUCAGCAGCCUCCACCCAGUUCUGGCCCACAGACUAGUGACUUCCCAGCUGACUGCAGCUUCCUGGACUCUACCCCCCAGCUAGGAUAUGAAAAUUACAGCUACCCGUCACACUAUCCGACAUUUCGGAUGGGGUUUGCUCCGCCAAGCCUUGCCCCAUUAGAAAGUGGGCCAGCCUAUGAGAUGUAUGGGGUGGGGCCGAGUGUUGGUGCAGGUGGCGGUGCUGGAACCCCAGAGACUGGACUCGGGAAAUACGGAAGUUCUACAAGGUUCUCCUACACCUCUCAGCAUUCAGAUUACUCCCACCGACACACACAGAGAAUGCAGACCCACGUGUAAUGGAGAACCGGCAUGUUUUCGUAACAUGUUGUGCUAAUGUUGGCCAUAUAAAAUACACACACUCAUGGUCACACUCACACACAUACACAGAAUGGAAAUAAUGAUUAACCCAGAGAUAAAAAUGGAGGCUGAAUGAAAAAUGAAAAGCUCAGAGAAAACAGAGAGCUAGAAAUAAGAAUGAGAUGCAAGGCAGGAGAUGAGGAAAUUCUCAUUCUUCAUCUUUGUGUUUAUUUCCCAGCUCCAGGAGCUGAAAGCGAAGGUCACAAUCAAGUGAGACUUGCAUAAUGGAAAGAUCUAAGAUCUUUAUAAUGCUCAAUAAAUAGUGAAUACCCAGAAUAAACAUAACCACAAAGGUACAUUAAUUCAUGAGAAAUUAAGUCUAGUCACUUGUAGGCUAGUAGUCUGUUUGACAAUGAUCUCUGAGAGAGAUGGUCAUACGAGAUGCAUGUAUGAAUUCUCUUGAAUGGCUUCUUCAACUGCUCUCAAUGCAUGUGAAUCUCAUGAAAAUAUAACCAGGUCAUAUUUCACACCAAACCAAGAGACCUUUUGCAAUUUUAUUGGUACUGUGGAACCACCUACAAUAGCUGUGGUGGAUUGUAUAAAUAACACACUAAACACGCAAUGUGGUCAACUUGUGUCACUUUUUUCUUGAAAAACGUCUUUCUCAACAUCACAAGCUAAAACUCAAGUUUUAGCAAAGCUUACUAGCAGGGUUACCGUUGUUGUAGUGGAUGGCAGGUUCCACAACGAUUUAAGUAUCUCUGGUCACUGGAAAUGGACCUAUUAAAAGGAGGCAUAAUCUGAAUUUUGAAAUCUUAAAUUACAGGGGAAAAACACAAGAUACAUCCAAAUUACAAAACUAUAAUGUCACUGCUGACACUAUGCUGACAAGCUAUGACAUAUGUGGCAAGUUCUAUACCUUAAUAGUGAUUCAGAUCACUUGAAGUAACUCUUUGUUGGAAGGGACUAUUAUCUGCACUAUGCUGGUCUGUAAAGAAAAGAAAAGAGAGAAAGUGACAAGAGCAAGUACACCGGUACGUGUUACUACAUAUGCCAAACAUUGUUCAGCAAGUCUUACAUCAUUUACAAUAAAUCUUCACAAAUCUGGCAUUUGCUUAAACGAAUGAAUGAACUGACCCUUCGCUAAGCCCCGCCUUAAAAGCCUUUCUGACCAAUCUUAUUUUAGCAACUGCUGCAGUCCUCCAUUUCUCUGAAAAACAUUUGCCUUUUUUCAAUGAGAGUCUAUGAGAUUAAUGUGUGUUUGUGUAGUUUUAAGCAGAAUUUUGUAAUCCAAAUAUUAUCCAUUUUGUUUAUGAGAAUAUUUUGCCAAAAACCACACUGGUCAUAGCAAUUUGUGAUGGAAGUGAAUGGGGGCCAAUUUUUGAACAUUAAAAUACAUGCUAUUUCAAAAGUAUAGCCACAAGACAUAAAGGAUAUGCAUGUAAUAAUGAUUUUAGUGUGAUAAAAGCACUUACUAACCUUCUCUGUGUAAAGUUAUAGACAAAUUUAACUUAAAACUUCAUUACCAUGAUGAUAAAGUCAACAAACCCCCAAACCCUAAAACAACUGUAAAAAUUACAAUUGAAAAAACAAAACCUUUACAGCUCAAAUAAUACAAAAAUCAAAAUCGAGUGCAAAUAUUAUUUUUUUCUUAAAGCACAGUGGUCAGAUGACCGCAUGCUCGGCUCUUCUAGUGUUUACAGAAUAAUUGAUGCAAGGGCUUUUAUAAAAUUAUAAGCUUCAUAUUUCUGUGUUUAAACCCUCCAAAAAUUGACUUUCAUUCACUUCACUUUCAUUGACCCCAUUCACUUCCAAUGUAAGUGCCUCACUGAAACACAGAUUUGUCCUUUUAUUUAAAGAAAAGGAGGGACGAGUCGAAACUAAUUUUUGUGGUAAUCAACAUUAUGCCACAAAUGCUGUUGAUUGAGCUUAACUUACAUUGAACCCGGUAAAUUCCUUAAACGGCUUAACUGACAGGAUUUUUUAUACUAUUUUUAUUUCUCCCAAAUUUGGAAUGCCCAAUUCCCAAUGCGCUCUAAGUCCUCGUGAUGGUGUAGUGACUCCCCUCAAUCUGGGUGGUGGAGGACAAAUCUCAGUUGCCUUCGAGUCUGAGACCGUCAAUCUGCGCAUUUUAUCACGUGGCUUGUUGAGCGCGUUACCGCAGAGACAUAGCGCGUGGGGAGGCUUCACACAGUUCUCUGCGCCAUCCACGCACAACUCACCACGUGCUCCACAAAGAGCAAGAACCACAUUAUAGUGAUCACGAGGAGGUUACCCCAUGUGACUCUACCCUCCCUAGCAAUCGGGUCAAUUUGUUUUCUUAGGAGACCUGGCUGGAGUCACUCAGCAUGCCCUGGAUUCGAACUCUUGACUCAAGGGUUGGUAGAUAGCGUCAAUACACGCUGAGCUACCCAGGCCCCCAACCGACAGCAUUUUUUUAUUUAAAGGACCUCUUAAGGAAACUUCAGCAACAGUUAGAAAAGAACCUUGUUUUUAUCCUACCUCCAUAUACAGCCUCCUAAGGCAUCCAGGUCUUUUAAAAGUGAAGUGAAGAUUCUCAUUACUGUAACACAAUAUAUUUUUUAUUGUAUUUCAGUACAAAAUACUGUAAUGAUAUUUAUUAACAUCAACCUAAAAGCAGCACAACUAAGGUCGUGUCCACACUAUUAUGUUUUCGUUUGAAUACAAUCUUUUUUUUCUAUUUUUGUCCUUCCGUCCACACUGAGACUGCUUUUUUGACUGCGAAAUCAGAGCUUUUCGAAAAAUGCUGUCUUCAUGUUGUAGUGUGGAUGGGGAAGACGCCAGAGAUAAAUGAAAAUGACAUAUUUGUUGUCAUGUGACGCCAUCAUAUGAUCCAUUCAACCCAAAACAAUAAAGACAGAGGCCCACAUUGUAGUGGCAUUAUUGGCCUGUUAUUAAGUUGCUGUUGAAGAUAAGUGUUACUUUGUACAACCUUCACAAUGCAUUCCUUCAAUUGGCGAUGCAAAGUUUACUCGGAAUUGCUGUCUGGCGAUGAAACACGAGGACAAUUGCAUUUCAGCUCGUACAUGGAAUGACAAUUUUUUACAUGCUCAGAAAGGGGAUUUAAGCGUUUCGUAUAUUUUAGUUUGGACGAGCAACUUAUGGAAAAUGUUUUCGAAACGCUCUACAUCCAGUCUGCUGUUCAAAUGGAUCCGAAUUAAUGUCGACGUAGCCUUCUACCAUGAUAUAUAAAUACUUUAUAAGUACAUUUUAAAUAACAUCAUAUUUUUUACAUUACAGUAAUGAUAAUUUUUAUUAUCUAUUUGGCAUUAUGGUAAUUACAAUAGGGAGAUGAUCUUAAUUAUCAUGAUGUCACAAAGCAAAAAAUUAAUUAAUAAAUAAAAAAUUGCUAUGGUACUGACGCAAUAUAAUGUGUUAUUUCUUCUUUUGUUUUUGGGAUGAAAUAUGACCUGGAUACUUAUACUAAUGUAUUCUAUACUAAUGAUCACAAUGUCCAAAAAUACUAUUUUAAUACUAUUAUGUUUUUACUAUUUGUUCUGAAGUAAAAGUCUGAGUUUGACACAGGAAAUUAAGAGCACAUGAGCUAUGGAAGUCUUCUGAGAAUUUGUUUUUCUUUGCUUUGCUUGUAAAUCAGAAUCUACCUGGCUAUCCAGUUUGCAGAGCUCUACCUCGUUAAUAAACAGGUUAGAAGCCUUCUAGUGUAAAUGCUAACUCACAUUAUGAUUAUUAGCAGAAAAGCUAUGUUAGUGUAGUAAUGAAGCAUGGUGAUUCCAAACCAAUUUAAAAUAGGCACUUUUGAGCAUUUGCAAUAAAACCCAUUGCCCUUUAAAUUUCACCACGACAGAGACUAGUUAAUGGAUGCCAUUCAACAGUUUUCAGACAUGGCAAGUAAAAACCAUUUAUUUCACUAUCAUACAAAUAGCUCAGAACAGUUACAUUUAUAGAAAUAUACAUAUUCAAAAAUGCCCCACUCUUUUCCAUGAUGCUUUUGUAGUGGGGUCAUUGUUUGCACUGCAUUCCAGUAUUCUAGCAUAGAUUACCCUCAUAAUUGAUAUGUAAUCUCUCAUUUGCACACUAGGCUAGAGCAUUCUCUCUAUAUUUUGAAUAUUACAGAGAAAAAAAAAUAUUUUUGUCAUUUCUCUUUGUUUCUGUAAGUGAUUCUGGACCAAAGGUUCAACGUUAGAGUAUCAGUCUUUAUUUGGGUGAUAUUCACCUCAACGAACAAGAUAAUAUGCAGAUUUUUUUUGUUAUUGUUGUUUGCAAAUUUAUCCGGUCGUGAGUGACCAAAGGGUUUUCCGAAGGUUGGGAACAGUAGAGAAGGUCUUAAACCACAUGGUCCAGCCUUACGUAUCCAAACUUUCCCUUACUGAUCGAAGAUCAGGCUGCUAUCACUUUCGUCUUAAAGAUUAUAGAUGGGAGUGAUUUACACCGUCUUGUACCCCAAUGCUAGUGUAAUUAUGACUUUGAUAUGAAGUUUAUAAAUGCUUGAUAGGUUGGAGGUUCUUUAACUUACUUAUUCACACAAACACACACCUGAUAUUUGUGCCAAACACAGAUGCCUAACUUGAAGUAUUUUCCCUCAAUUAAGAAAAAAACUACCUUAUAGGGACCAGGAAUGGUCUUUGGCUAUGAACUGCCUUCAAAAGCUUUUGAAGGAUGCCAUUUCAAAGCAAUGAUGAUCAUCAACACGACGAUUAGGAAAAAGAACUUGAGGGUGAAGACAAUCCCUCAUUAGUUGUUCUCAGAACAGUGAGGUACUCUCUAUGACUAGUUUUCAACAACAAGCCCUGUAAAUAAUUUCCCAUAUGUAAUUCUGACUUCAAGUAUUAUUUUACAACAUCCAGUUUGAUGCACUCUUUAAAUGCAGUAUUGCGAUGUUUUUGAGAAGAAGGAUGACAAACACCAUGGCAAUGGUACUUUCCAAAUGGUACGACAAGGAUGAUGAGUUGAGUGUAGCUUGGCUGGGAUCCAAUAUGAUGCCAAGAGCAUUCAGAAGGAUUCCAAAUACAUCUUGACAUUUGCCCGAGCUGCCAAUCACUCAGCCUUGAUACUGAUGGUUUAUUACUUGUGUGAUGGGCUGGGGAGAAUAUUGUGGGAGAUGUGGCUCAACCCACUGGACGGUAAUUGGACCCCCCCAAUCUAAGAACUUGAAGCUCCAUAAAGAUCUAUGAGAAGGAACUAUGAAGGAGUAAAUACAAUUUAAAAAAGAGUGGCCUUAGGAAAACACAACUUUUAUAUUCCCUCACUUUAUAAACCGGCUUAAGGCCAGAGGAGUGUAUGUUGAGUUUCAAUGAAGAUAAGUGUGUUUUUGUGUGUGCGAUUGAGCAUGUAUGGGUGUGAGUGCAAAUGACUGAGUUUAUGAAAACCUUUAUGUUAUCCAUUCAUUUACUUCUCUCAUGUUCCUGCUCCAAUACUUUUCUUCUGCUGGUAGGAGUGUAUCCUGUAUAAUUGUGUCUUAGAAAAUAAAUGUUGACCUUACUGUACUGUUCUUGGUAGCUGAAAAAAUGUCUGAAAGAUGUACAACAAAAGUUAUUGAUUUUUUUUAUUUCCUUUUUUGAUUUUUUCCAAUAUUUUUAAAAAUGUUAUGUAAUUAUUUUUUCACAGUAUAUCAGAAAUAAAA